AUGCAUUACACACACGGCCGGCCGGAGCCCGCAGCAGCCCCGGGAGCGGGCCGGGCUCCGUCCCCGCCGGACCCCCAGGGCUGCGGGGAAGCGGCGGAGCAGGGAACGCUGCUCUGGCUCCGGGGCCGCGCUGCCACAAGGAGAUGCCGCCGAGGCGCUCUGCGGGUGAAGCCCCGGGGCACUCCCGACCCCCCGGGCUGCGGGCACCCUCACACGCCGCCGGGCACCCUCACACGCCGGCGGGCACCCUCACACGCCGGCGGGCACCCUCACACGCCGCCGGGCACCCUCACACGCCGCCGGGUCCCUCCAAGGAGCUGGACAGACCCCGGCCGAGCCGGGCGUGUUUUGGGGCGCGGACCCUCCCCGGCAGCGGGUCCUCCCCUCCCGUCUGAGGCACGCAGCCCGGCACAGCGGCAGCAGCCCGCACAUGCCCUCCCCGCCGGGGACACGGUGACAACGGCCCGGGAGCAGCCCCGGAGCACGGGGGAAAGCGGGCCGCCCCCUCAGGCGGGUCCGCACGAGCCUGAGGCCGCGGGAGCGCCCCCGGUCCGCACCCCCGGAGGGAAGCGAAAGCCCUCCGAGGGUCCGCACUACCGGGGACAGCCCCCAGGGCGGUCCGCAAAGACGGAGGGAAGCGAGAGCCCUCCGAGGGUCCGCAUUGCCGGGGAUAGCCCCGCAGGACGGGGGAGCGGCAGCCCCGAGGCGGGCCCGCAGUGCGGGAGGGAAGGAGCCCCGAGCAGGGUCCGCACUCACCGGGGCCGCGGGCUCCGAUCGCCGCUCCCGGCCCGGGGCCGCCGGGAUCGUCCCCUGCCGUGCCACGUGACCAGCGCCGCUCGGCCCCGCCCACUCGCCACGUGA